AUGUUAUUAAUUGAUAUAUUAUUGUUUGUUAACUAUGUUAUUGGUAAGAAAUAUGAUUGUAUUACAACUAAUCCAGAUGGUGUUGUUGAAUUUAUUAGUCAAACUCAAACAAUGCCAACCCAUUGUAAGGAGUUUGAUAAAAUAAAAAACUACUCAUAUCUCUUUACACGUGAUUAUACUUUUUCAGCAAAUGUCAUAAGUUGUAAAAGUAUGACUUUCGAGGGUAGUUUAUCUAUAAUAAAUACAGGAAAUCAUUGGAUAAAUGUGUCUACUGUAGAGUUUUUAGAAAACUCUCAAAUUGAAUUUCAUGCUAAUUUAGAAUCAAACACUGAAUUUAUUUUUGGGGCUAAUUCAAAGGUGAUGUGGUAUGGCAGUCUUUCAUUUCAACGACUAGUUAAAUUUAAAACAGCCCCAUCAUUAAAUCAAACUCAAUUAGUUAUUUGGGAUAGUAACAUGAUACAUCUUUACAAACCAAAUACAACAUCUAACGGAUUUGAAAUUAUAAAUCCAAGGGAUAACAAACAAUGUUUUGAUGUGAUGUCAUUUAAUAAUAACAAUUCACUUGAUUUUGAUAAAAACUCAGAUAAUCAUUAUUUACAAAAAGACUUUGAUAAAGGACUUAAAAUGACAUAUGGUAUAGCAUAUUUACUAUCAAACAAGAAAUUAAUGAGAUUUUGUCCAAAUGGAAUUAUAUUAAAUAAAAAUAUUAUUUGUACAAUAAUUAGUCCUGAUUAUUUACCACCAUUAUAUCCAGGAAGUAAUUAUCCAUUUAAUUAUCCACAUUGUCCAUGUAAUGAUGAAACUGAAUGUACUCUUAAUAUUGAAUCAAGUUUAAAAUCAGUAAAUUUUAACAUGGUUAAUAUAAGCAAUACAAUUCUUCAUAUUGACCAUGAAAUUACAUUAUAUAACUUUGUGUCUGCUAAACAAAUUAAUGUUGAUGAUAAUGUUAAAUUAAUAAUAGGUUCAGUUGCAUCAAACAACGAGUACAGCCAAAUGAUAAAAUUUAAUAAUUUUGAAAUUACAAAUAUUAGAAAAUCAGGUAUUAGAUCACAAUUUAAAUACAGUUCAACAAAAAUACAUUAG